CAAUGAACCACAAAUGAAACCUCUUUGCACUUUCGCUUUCUGCCAUGUAGCCUGGCCGCCUUAAGCGCCCACGGACGCGUCCGGCGUGUCGCUGGACUGCCACGGUGUCCGGCGUGUCGCUGAAGGUCAAUGGCGUCCAUGGCGUUGGUGCAGGUGCAAAACUUGGAGGAGAUGUACAACUACAUCGCGGAAAGACCUCAGGUGACAAUGGAGGAUCUGGAACGAGCUGGGUGGCCAGACAAGACCUUGCGUACCAAUAUGGCCAACCAGUUGCUGACCCAGAACCGCCUGGAGAUUCUCCAGGCUCAACCCCUCAUUGUCAGAGCGGUUGACAAGAUUCUGGCUGAGAAACUAUGUCGCUUGGACCCUCAGAUGAGGCAAGUGUAUCAACAGAUCGAGAAGGCAGGGGACAAAGGUGCCUGGAGCAAAAGCCUCAAAGAUCAGACGAAAUUGCAGCAGCAUACCAUCACCAAGGCAACGAAAGAACUGAUCAAGUUGCAACUCAUCAAGGAGGUCAAGUCAGUUCACAACCGGAACAGGAAGGUCUUCAUGUUGUAUGACUUGGAGCCAAGCAAAGAAGUCUCUGGAGGUACCUGGUACAAAGAUGGCGAGUUCAACAGCAGCUAUGUAGAAACCCUGCGGGAACACUGCCUGGCCUUCUUGGCCCAACACCCGCGGCCGGCCACCCAAGCCGACCUACAUCGCUACGUCAUGCAACAUCCGGGACCUCAAAUUCCAACCGAGGAAGAUAUUCUUUCCAUCAUGAAGACCUUGGAGCUGGACGAAGAUGUCACUUCAGUCCGAACUGCUUCCGGGCAGAAAGUCUUUGUGAAGAGACGCGCAGGUCACUUCCAAAGGCCUUUCGACAUCUUUGCGGCGCGCUUGCCCCGCUUCCUUCAACCGGCUGGCGAGAUGGAGGGAAGCAUGGUCGUCCCGUGCCUGUGCUGUCCCCUGCGGAAUGAAUGCAAGGCUGGUGGGCGUGUUUGUCCUGAGAAGUGCGAAUACCUCACCAGGUGGCUGCAGCGUGAGGAGGUGUCGGCCGCCUCAGAGGACGUGACAAUGGACUGGUAGCUGUGUGCAAA